AUGUGGAAAGGAAGGUCACAUAUAUAUUCCUAUAGGCCUCUAGCAGCUGCCUCACUAUACCCCGCCCCUUAUUCCCAGCACUCCUCGUGUCACAACAUUCCCCUGCCCAGUGAGGACCAUGUGACUAUCUUAGAGUAUCAGGUGACUAGCUCGCCCAAUCGCGACUCAGUAUCGGAGAGGCGGGAAGAGGGGCGUGGCCACUUAACCUGCCGGUACUACGCGGGGAUUCCGGACAGACCGGACCACGUUGAAGCCAUGCUGCUCCACUUUCUUCAGGCCGGACUGCGCCAAUGCCGCCCUCCCGCAAGAUUAACUGGCCGGGGGUUUGGACUCUCCCUUCCACUCGCCAAUUACAGUCGCCUCCGAAACGCCUGGCGCCCCUCCUUGCGCCCAGUAUGGAAACCAGUGAAGAAGGGGAAGCUGCUGGCGGUGCUACUGGGCCCAGCGUUAUUGGGGGUUGGAGUGAGAGCGGCACGGUGCCAAGUGGAUCUGAAUGGCCCCCCACUGACUGUAUCACAGAGGGGCCGACCAGAACCAGAGUUCAACUGGGCCCAGUUCUGGAAGCUUCUGCGCCCCGAGCUCAUCUCUCUGUUUACAGCCAUAAUUCUGGCAUUUGGGGCGGCCCUGCUGAACAUCCAGAUCCCGUUAAUACUGGGGGAGCUGGUGAAUGUGGUGUCGCGCUACACAAGAGAGCAUGCUGGGAAUUAUCUGCGGGAAGUGCAGGGGCCGGCCCUGAAGCUGCUGUGUCUGUAUGGAGCCCAGGGGCUACUUACCUGCGGGUACAUCGUCCUGUUGUCCAGAGUGGGGGAGCGGGUGGCAGGGAGUAUGCGCAAGUCUCUAUUCUUCAGUCUGCUACGACAAGACGUCGCUUUCUUUGACGCAGAGAAGACGGGGCUGCUGGUUAACCGUCUCACCUCCGAUGUGCAGGAAUUCAAGUCUUCCUUCAAGCAGGUCAUUUCCCAGGGCCUGCGGAGCCUGACCCAGACUGUGGGCUGCUUUCUCUCUCUCUACUACAUCUCCCCAAAACUCACCGGCCUCUUGCUUGUGGUGAUGCCCGUGCUGGUUGGUUCCGGUGCUCUGAUUGGUUCUUUUCUGCGCAAGCUCUCACGCCGGGCACAGGAGCAGGUUGCAAGAGCCACAGGAUUGGCGGAUGAAGCUCUGGGGAACGUACGGACUGUUAAAGCCUUCGCCAUGGAGACGAGAGAGAUGGAACUGUACUCGGCAGAGGUAGAUAAGUCCAGUCAGCACAAUGAGGUUCUGGGGGUGGGGAUCGCUGCGUUCCAAGGACUGUCCAACGUUGUACUGAACUGUAUCGUGUUGGGCACCAUAUUUGCUGGGGGCUCCCUCAUGUCAAGCAAGGAACUGUCUGCGGGGGACCUCAUGUCUUUCCUGGUGGCUUCCCAGACCGUGCAGAGGUCCAUGGCCAAUAUGUCUGUCCUCUUUGGCCAGGUAGUCCGAGGGCUGAGUGCUGGGGGAAGGGUAUUUGAGUUCAUGAGUCUGGAGCCCACCAUACCCCUGAGCGGGGGCUUCAAACCUCCUGUACUGAAAGGGGAGAUACACUUCAAGGACGUCUCUUUCAGUUACCCAACUCGACCAGGCCAUGAAGUACUGAAGAAGUUUGACCUAAGGAUCCCUCAUGGCAAGACGGUGGCCCUCGUGGGUCAGUCGGGUGGAGGAAAGUCAACGGUGGCAGCGCUGCUAGAAAGGUUCUAUGACCCGACAGAAGGGGCGGUCCAACUGGACGGAGUGGACAUACGGAUCCUGGAUCUGUCCUGGCUUAGAGGGGAGGUCAUUGGCUUCAUCAACCAGGAGCCAGUUCUGUUUGGCACCACCAUUUUGGAGAACAUUCGCUUUGGGAGGCCGGAUGCCACUGAUGCUGAAGUUUGUGAAGCCGCCGCACAGGCCAACGCAGACAGUUUCAUCCGCAGUUUCCCGGAGGGUUACAACACCAUGCUAGGGGAGCGUGGGGUGACCCUCUCAGGGGGGCAGAAGCAGCGGGUGGCAAUUGCCCGGGCGCUACUGAAAGAUCCCAAGAUCCUUAUUCUGGAUGAAGCCACAAGUGCACUGGAUACAGAGUCAGAGAGAGCAGUACAAGUUGCACUGGAUCGGGCCAGGUCAGGACGCACCGUUGUGGUUAUUGCUCAUCGGCUCAGCACCAUCUCCGAGGCAGAUUUUAUAGUGGUUCUGUCCAAAGGCCAAGUGGCUGAGCUUGGGACCCACGAGGACCUGCUCAGAAGAGGAGGACUUUAUGCAGAUCUGAUACGUCGUCAGAAGCAGGAGUCGCCGGAGUCGCAGUAACAAAAGAGAGACUGAUGAGCAACACUUACCUCAUGGGGCCCUGCAGUGACUCUUAUGUAUCUCUGUCUGUAGGGAGUUGCCUGGGAGCCCCCCGUCUGCUAUUGGCCCUGUCACUACAUCACGUGUGUGUCCUACAGACGCCUGAGACUCAAUCAUCUCCAUUGCACUGUGCUGACAAUUAGCAGCAAUAUGGGCCCUACACUAUGAGCUUCUGUUUUAUAUGUCAGUAGGGUGCCACCUUUUCUAGAAAAAAAUACUGGCCUUCCAAUACAUUCAUGGUUUUUCCCUAUUAUUAACAUUAUUGUUAGCUCUGUAUGUAAGUGUUGUACAUUGUGAAUAGACUGUGCAAGUGGAUGGAGUCUCAGUAGAGGCCGGUGGUACCAGUAGUAAAGCUCAUUCAUUUGUGUCUGUUCUGCUGCCAGUGGAUCAGUUGUAGCCUGAGAUCAGACUGAUGGAACAUGAGAGGGACAGAGGGAAGUGUAACUCAGUGUAUAGGAGGAGUCACACACACACACAUAUAUAUAUAUAUAUAUAUACACAAUAGGGAAAGGAUAUGUGUGGCCUGUUGUUUGUGCAGAACUGCUGUGAGGUACAAUAAAUCCUCAUUAGCCUCCUCCUCACCCCCUGUCUCCUGUCAGUAAGAAAGAAAUAAAGGCCAGACUGCUGCUGCCA